GGGCUAGGCAGGCGCUGAGUGACUUCCGCUUUCCUGAGCACAGCAGCGGCAGUAGUGCUGAAAUCAGGGCGGAUUCACGGAGUCUGGAGAAAGAUGGACAGUCAGGGCAGGAAAGUGGUGGUCUGUGACAACGGGACAGGGUUUGUGAAGUGUGGCUAUGCCGGCUCUAAUUUUCCCGAGCACAUUUUUCCGGCUCUGGUCGGGCGGCCCAUCAUCCGCUCCACUGCCAAAGUUGGAAACAUUGAGAUCAAGGACCUAAUGGUGGGCACUGAAGCGAGCGAGUUGCGUUCCAUGCUGGAGGUGAACUACCCGAUGGAGAACGGCAUCGUGAGGAACUGGGAUGACAUGAAGCACCUGUGGGAUUACACCUUCGGCCCUGAGAAACUCAACAUUGACUCGCGAAACUGCAAGAUCCUGCUCACAGAGCCGCCCAUGAACCCCACCAAAAACAGAGAGAAAAUCAUUGAGGUGAUGUUUGAGACUUAUCAGUUCUCAGGGGUUUAUAUCGCAAUCCAGGCUGUACUCACUCUCUACGCUCAAGGUUUGUUGACGGGUGUUGUUGUGGACUCUGGUGAUGGCGUCACUCAUAUUUGUCCAGUGUACGAAGGUUUUUCACUUCCUCAUCUUACACGACGUCUAGACAUUGCUGGGAGAGACAUCACACGCUACCUCAUCAAGCUGUUGUUGUUGAGAGGUUACGCCUUCAAUCACUCGGCCGACUUUGAGACGGUGAGGAUGAUGAAGGAGAAGUUGUGUUACGUUGGCUAUAACAUCGAGCAGGAGCAGAAGCUCGCUCUGGAGACCACCGUACUGGUGGAGUCAUACACGCUGCCGGAUGGCAGGGUGAUCAAAGUGGGCGGCGAGCGCUUCGAAGCUCCUGAAGCUUUGUUUCAACCUCAUCUCAUCAAUGUGGAGGGAGUGGGUGUGGCCGAGCUGCUCUUCAACACCAUCCAGGCAGCCGACAUUGAUACCAGGGCUGAGUUUUACAAACACAUUGUUUUAUCGGGCGGUUCUACGAUGUAUCCCGGUCUGCCGUCUCGUCUGGAGCGUGAACUUAAGCAGCUGUACCUGGAGCGAGUGUUGAAGGGAGAUGUCGACAAACUCUCGAAGUUCAAGAUCCGCAUCGAAGACCCUCCACGGCGUAAGCACAUGGUGUUUUUGGGCGGAGCUGUUUUAGCGGACAUCAUGAAGGACAAAGACAACUUCUGGAUGACCCGAGAGGAGUAUCAGGAGAAGGGAAUGCGUGUUCUGGAGAAGCUCGGUGUCACUGUUAGAUAAAUCACCCACGCGUGCGCGUAUACACGUCCGCAUACACGCCCAUUCCAAACUUCACAUACUUGCACCCGCUGGCAUUUUCGCAGUAUAAACAUAUGGUUUUUUACAGAAAUGUAUACUUGAGGAUAACAAUAAAAUACUUGAACUUACUUUGCAAUCCAAAAAAAGUGCUCUGUUUGUACGACAUUCCAAACGUAACGAUUCGUAGGCGAACUGUAAACAAAAACUAAUAAAGUGAUUUGCUUAUGAAACCACCUGUUUACGCUGCCAAAAUCAAGCCUUAACAAUCCCUCUUGUUCAUGCAUCAUCAUAUCAUCAGCUCGUGUUUAUUUUGGUUGCUGUCCGCACCGUCACAAUGAAGAGAAAUGUCACUCGAGAGAGAGGAAACACAGGAGGAUGGAGGUGGUGUGCAAGCAGAGGGACUACACGAUGAAAUAGAUGUAUUUUUUAAAAACGAAUUAAAGUAAACAUUGUUUUUGUAAUAAUUAAAAAGCAACUGCAGCCAGUUUGCUAUUAAAAAAUAAAUAAACGAAUAAAGAUUUGUGCCCGACGGUAUUAUUAAAUAUAGACAUUCCUGUGAAGGCAGGCUGCUUUUGCUGAAUUGUCUACUUUCUUUAACUUGCUGUAUUAACUCUUUGUUUUUAAUCGCCACUUUUGGGCACUUAAUAACUAGGACCAACUUUCCCUAAAUAGCAUUUACCAGAAAAUAUGGGUACAGAGAAUCUCUACUGAUCCAUCUCUACAUGUUUAAUGAUAACUGCAUAGAUAUGGAAAGUUAAUAAUUGGAGGUGUUCACAUUAAUGGGGAUCAAUGUUUUUUUUUACAUUUUGAUCUAAAUGUGCACAGGGUUUCGUGAGAUUCGCAGCUGUGUUACGUGCAGAAGUAAAUCCAUGCGCAGUGCAGCGUAAUUGCAGGUAUCGGUCACGCGCGGCGCAGGUAUCCGAGCCUCUGGUCUUGAUUUUGGCUUUAAUUGGCGUGUCUCACAAUAACCCCGCGUCCUUCUCCCCGUGCAAUCAACCGCAAACCUGUUUAUUUAGUCUCCUAACAAGUAUCAGUCCUGCUCGCCAUUGUUUAUACUUUCUUCACCCUCAUUUUUUCCAUUACGUUUUUGCAUUUACGUUGGUUACGUUAGAUCCAUCAAAUGAUUGACAUACAUAGACACCGCAUUGAAUUCUGGGUCAGUGUCCUUGCCAUAUUUAGGAGUUUAUAUGCGUGUCUGUGAAUGAAAUGGUCUGGGAAUGAAGGGUGACAACAACGCUCAGACUCCCGGCGGGCGUUUCUGUGUCAGACGCUUCUCUCCAUGAUUGUAAUGAUUACCUGCCUAUUUGUAAUAUGAAUGACAUGAUGGUAUUAGAGAUGAUGAUGAUGAUAAUGUCAGUGUCUGUACUCACCUGUUGGAAGCUGAAUGUUUUUGUGUUCGGCUUUGCGUUUGCACACGUUCAGACUCUUCACACGGUUAACGAAUGAUUAAUUCACGCGCAUACACCAUUCCUGUGCCAUGAUUUGGUAUUGUAGUUGGACCAGACGUUUUGUUUGUUUGUUUGUUUGUUUGUUUUUCUGCCUUUUGUUUGUUUGUAGCGUACUGCCAGACUUGAUUUAAAUAAAGAAAAUUGAUUUAUAACUCAA